AUGUCCGUCACCGCCAUAUCUGUGCAGGUGGCCCGCCAGACCGUCCGAGCCUUCUUCCAGCCUCAGCGGCAGGAUGGGCAUCUCCAUCCUCAUCCGCAUUCGCUCUCUGUCUCUUCUUCUUCUUCUCCGUUUGACGACCCUACUGCUUCCUUUUGUUCGGCGCCGUUUGUCUUUUCCGAAUCUGAUUUUGCCACCGCAUUUCCUACGCUCGACGCCUUCUACGAUACCGACCCUUCUGCCUUCCUGCCGUCCGACGUGGAUUACCAGAGUCUGACUACUGGAUCCUCCAACUCACCAUAUGACUUGCCCCUCGAGAGCUUCGCUCCCGCCCAGGCUCCCGUUUCCAUCGACUUCACCGCCAUCCCGGCGCCCCCGCUUCUCGACAUGAACGACGCCAUGAAUUUCUUCCAUGAAUCCCCCGACACGGACUCGUCCGAUACCCAGCUCGACGCGUCAACUGCGGCGCUCCUUCUACCGUCCCAGCCCCAAUUCCAGGCCCAGGCCCAAGCCCUGUCCCGAUCCGUCACACGCUCGGAUGACAAGUCGCCCAAGGAGUCGUCCAACCGCGUCUCGAAGCGCCAGCUGAACACCAUGGCAGCGCGACGGUACCGUCAGCGCCGAGUCGACCGCAUGAACCAACUGGAGGCGGAACUGGAGCAGGUGAAGCGCGAGCGAGACGAGUUGAAGAUGCGGGUGUCCAAGCUGGAGGGGGAGACGGAUGCGUUGCGAGGACUGUUGAAGACGAAGAAGUAG